AUGGACCCUCUAGCGGGGUUGGAAGAGAGCGAGAGCGAGGAGGACGAGGAGGAAGGAGACGAGGAGGAGGAGGAGGAGGAUGAUGAGAAGGAGGAGGAGGCGGAGGAGGAGAAAGGAGGGAAAGAGAAGGCUACGAGCGGAGGCGGAGAGGAAACGGGACAGCGCAAGGGCGGAGCGGUGGACUACGCGGCGCUGGUGCGGCACGGGCUGGUGGGCGGCCCGUCUGUGCUGCUGCUGCCCGACCAGCAGCCCAGCGCCGCCGUGGACUGGGGCAAGUGGGGCUGCGGGCAAGGGCGCGAGGGGCACGCGCAGGGGCAGGGGCGGGGGAGUGAGGCGGAGGGGGAUGGGGAGGAGGAGAGGGAGAAGCGGAAGAGGGCGCGGGAGGAGAGCCGGCAGCUGCAGGAGCUGGCGAGUGAUGCUGGUGCUGAGGCGGCAGCAGCGAGGGCGUUGGCGCACGGGGCAGCGGCGAGGCAGCUGAGGGCGGACCUGGCAGCGGAGCACAGAGAGCGCCACUGGCAGCGCCGCCAAGCAGGAGGCGAGCGAGGGAGGGGUGCGGCUGCUGCGAUGAGCUUCAGCCAGCGCGAGAAGAGGAAGCGCGAUGCGGGGCAGGCGAGCCGAGGGAAGAACUACGUGGAGGAGGAGAAGCGGCAGCUCAGGGACCAGGGCGUCUACUCUGGCUUCGAUGCUUAG